AUGGCGUUAACAGUUGACAAACUUACUAAUGAUGAAAGGUUUAGCGGUGACAAUGUUCUUCAAUUUUUAUUAUAUUUGCCACUCGGUCUGAUGCUUAUGUGCAUUAGAAUAGUUUUGGCACUAGUACUAUGGAUUGCAUCGAUUAUAAUGCACGAUAAACCAGGGGCUAGACAUGUUCUAUCUACUCUGGCUUGUUGGACUUUUGGUGUUUAUGUAAAAGUGAAAGGAGUGAGGGAUCAGCGCUGUAGUAUUCUGGUAUCAAACUAUGUAUCCUGUAUGGAUUCAUUGGCGGCAACACACAAGCUUGGAUCAAUAAGUCUCCGAAAAUGGAAGGUGCCUCCAUUUUUUGCAUCUGCUUUGGGAAUUAAAAGUGCUUCACAAUUUGUCAGGAAGCAGCAUUUCAGUGAAACUCCAAGCAAACCAGUUCUGCUUCAACCAGAAGGAGGGCCGACUAAUAGCAAAGGCCUGUUGAAGUUCACCGACUGGCCGUUCCCUAUUGGCAAUAAAGUGCAACCUGUUGCCAUUAGUGUGGAACGACCCUUCACUAAUGUAACAGUUCACCGAGCUUUAGACAAGACUGCUGUGUUCCCGUGGAGGGAUGCACUAUGGUUCCUUAUGACCCCAUGUUCGGUAUACACCAUUCAUUUACUCCCAAGUUUGGAGAGAAACGACGAUGCAUUUGUGGAUAACAUCAGGACGGCCAUCGCUGAAGCUUUAAAGAUAGAGACAACAGAGUAUACUUGGCAGCAGCUCUGUGCUCGUAGAGGUCGCGUGACACGUGUGACGUCACGUCCGCCUCCUGAAGCAGCCCGGGUUAAGGAAGUACUGCCAGCGGUGCCUCUUAGAGAUAUUAUCAGGGAACUUGAAAAAACCAGAAGUGUGGAUGUAACGAUCACAAACUUCCUAGAAGGGCUUGUCCCUUAUACUCCUGAACCAGAACCUGUUGUAGAACCUCAGCCGAGCACUUCACAAGCACCACCCAAGUAUAUAACACCGGCACCUACAGGAGUGUUUCCAAAGUCAGCAAAAGAAAGACAAAUGAGUUUCCAAGAAAGGAAAGCCCAGAUGAUAGCAGAGGCUAGGAACAGAUAUAUAGAGAAACACGGCUUGAACAUUGCUAUGAACUGUUGA